AUGAUCAUGUCGGGCGUUCCAGGAUCGAAAGCUAUGAACAAAGCGGCGGAACAGCGUCCCGGCAGCAGCAACGAUGGGACUGUGGACGACGCCGAGCACGAGGUGGACGACGUGUCCGAGAACAAGCCCAAGAAGAAGCGCCGCAUCAUCAAGACGACGGACAAGAAGUACGAAUGUCCGACGAAGGGCUGCGGCAAGUCGUACUCGCGCGCAGAACAUUUGUACCGACAUCAGCUGAACCACACGCCCAAGCGCCACUAUAAUUGCGACUUCCCCGGAUGCGACCGGUACUUUGUUCGCGCAGACCUCUGUGCGCGGCACAGGGAACGACACACGGCCAAGGGUUCUCACCUCCAACGCAAGGAUGCCUUUAUGAACAGCCAGCGCACGGCUGCCGCGAACUCAGACGGAACAUCACCCGAGUUUGGACUGAAAGCGUCGGCUGCCGCGUCGAUAGUGUCCCCGGUCGACUCUGCUCACCCACGGCAGCAACAGUCGAGCUCGCAAGCAGGAACGUACCUGCCGCCGACUGCGCAACAGGUGCAGCCGUACAGGCCGAACGGUGAGCAGCAUCAUGACCAAGUCCCAAUGCCCAGUCUGCCUCCGCUACAGACCGAGCCUGGAGUCGGUGCUCAGCUCAACGGCGCGCCUUACAGCGCGUAUCAGAAUCGCUACCCUGGAUCCGGACAGAUGAUGCCGCCUCCAACAUCGCCGGCAACGACGAGGCGUUAUAGCAUGGACGGACAGCAGGAGCGACCGGUAUCAAUGCAAAACGGUUACGGUCAGGUGCAGCAGCAGCAGCAAUUGCCACUUCACCCACCACCUAUGUCAUCCCCUGCGCAGGGUAACCAAAUGUACGCUCAGCCGUCGUACCCUUCGACUGCUGGUCAACCGCUCGUAUCUGCCAUGAACGGCGGCUACACCCAGCUGCCUUCUCUGCCCGCUUUCCAGCUACCACAGAGUUAUAGCGGCCCAGGUGGUCCCGGUCCAGGAACGGCAAUGUCGCCUCCAGCAAUGAGCGGUGCCAGUCAAUAUGACAUUCCGCCAUCGAGCAUUGGCAGCAUGGCUGACUUCAAUAACUUCGACCAAUUUCCCUCCGGAUAUGCCAUGGCGGUGUUUGGCGGCGAUGGCUUUAACCAUUCGCCGCAACCUGGAAUGGGCGACGCCCACUUUAUUCAACAACUCUUCGAAACCGGCAACUUCAGCAUGAUGGAGGAACCCUCGCCGCCUGGGGACCAAAUGGUGUAUCAGUCGCAGCUACCUGGGGCGCCGCUGCCAAAGUUUGAGCCUCCAACGGUUGUUGAUGAGCAGUCAUCGAAGCCCGAGAAUUGGGAGGAGAAUAUAUCUCCGACGAUCAACGGCAUGGACCUGAGUAUGCGAGAGUGCAUUGUCACGGAAAAGAAGCAAGCGCGCCUCAUCGCAAUGGUCAGAUCAUUCGACGAUGUUGAAAGAUUGCCCGGACGCAAGUGUAAGGAAGACAUCCUGGCUGGCGACACAGACGAUGACAACCAUCCACUGAGUGUCAACAUGCUGAAGACGUACAUAACCAGCUACUGGCUGCACACUCAUCAGCAGAUGCCUAUCAUGCAUCGACCGACUUUUAACCCGGAGACCUGCCCGGAUCUCUUACUUCUGGCUAUGUCGUGUCUGGGAGCAUGUUGCUUGGAGCGCACCCAUGCUGCCGAACUCAUCAAGAACUGCGCGGAGCUUGCAUUCUUCUGUGCGCAUCAUAUACGAUGGGAAGUGUUCAAAGACGCGGAGUUCAGGCCCACAGCAAAGCUGUGGACAUUCCAGACUAUGCUGUUGCUUGAACUUUUCGAGAAGAUGUACAGCACUCGAGAUUUGCACGAAAGGGCGCACAUUCACCAUGCGACUACCCUUACGGUCAUGCGAAGAGGGUCGUCACUGAUUGGUCGAGCUGUGAUCGAGACCCCUUCUGGCUCGGGUGCUGCGCCAGCGAUCAGUGGACAAGACCCUACCAGAACGCCACCUGGACCAGAAGGCACUGUCAACACUAGCGGUGUCAACACGCCUGAUGCGUGGUGGAAUCGAUGGAUUACAGUCGAGGCAACAAAGCGAGUCGCUUUCGCAGCGUUCAUCAUCGAUUCGACACACGCGACGCUAUUCGGGCAUGCCGCCGUGAUGUCGCCGCAUGACAUCCGACUCCAGCUUCCAUGUGACGAGGCUCUGUGGUCCGCUACUAGUAGUGCAGAAGUUCGAAGGACCGAGGCCAGCCUGCUCGCAAAUGGCAUCAAACCAACAAUGUUCAUGGAAGGGCUGAAGAAGUGCCUUGCUGGACAGAAAGUCCGAACCCCCAAUGUCUUUAACCGUGUCAUCCUCAUGGCUGGCUUACUCAAUUACUGCUGGCAACUGAGCCAGCGUGACGAGUCAGUAAAAUCCUUGGGCGUUGGGACUGGCAAUUCUAAGGGGUGGCAAUCGACCUUGAGGGCUGCCUUUGACCACUGGCGCAAUGACUUUGACGAAAGCUUGAGCUCGAGCACGAAUGACUCGAACGAUUACUUACCGGUCUCGCAGUCCGAGAACAAAUCAAGAUGCCACAAGGACCACCGCGAUAACGUCUUCGAGUCAAACACUUGUCUGCACAGUCUAGCGCAUAUGGCUAUGCACAUCGCAAUUGUGGACUGCGAGAUGUUUGCGGGCGCACCACGCUCUCUAGGCCGAGAAGUAACGGACGCUGAUCGGGCGAUUGUGCGACGGAACAUGUGUGAGCGGUGGGCACCGAGCGCAACAGCCCGAGACGCAGUUUUCCACGCGUUGCGCUUCCUGUGCGAGGUACUCCUCCCUCAGCCCGAAGUGGACGAAGAGGGCAAUGUGAAGCAGAAUGGAAUGCCGCCGCCACUGCGCUUCACUUACAGCGCGAGGGACGAUUACUUACUCAACAGACCCUGGAUCUUGUACUACGCCGUCAUGAUCGUAUGGUCUUACGGCUACGCUCUGGAUGGACCCCUGACGCAUUCUUAUAACCAACUUAACACCCGCGAGAGUCAGAUCUUGGACAUGCACCAUUACCUUACCCGGGUAGGCGGCGUUGCGAGGCCCGAUGAUUUGGAGAGUCUGAGAGAUCGUAAUUCGUGUUUGGGGCUGUUGAUUUUGCUCAGGGAAUGUUUCUCCCAGCCGAGGUGGGAACUUAUGCAUGAGGCGGGUGAUAUGUUGCAGCGUUGCAUUGAUCACCUUUUACCGCAGUCUGGGUCUAAUCACAGUCAGGUCAGGGCUUGA